AUGGCCACCCUUCUAAAGCCACGCCUUCUCGGGUUACUGUUGUGCACUCUGUGGAUUUUUUGCCUACCCCUUCACGCGUCGGGCCACGUAAUCGAGGAUUUCGAUAAGGUUUUGAUUCACGUCCUUCAUCGGCAUGGUGCUCGUGCGCCGACGGCCAAACCAAACCAGACGAUGUUUUGUACCGAUGCACCAUGUGAUCAACUGACGGAGAACGGGGUGCGUAUGAUGGAGGAGGUUGGAAAAUUCCUCUCUAAAAUGUACUCGGUGGGCCCCAAUCCGCUCUUCCCAAAGGCGAGUGAUGCUGAGGAGAUGGACGGCGCUGUGGCACAACGAGCGUACAACUUGCAUGACGUCUAUAGUCGUUCGACCGAUGUGGAUCGCACGAUUCAGAGUGCCAUUGCCUUCUUGAGAGGGUUUUUUAUGACUGAGGGAUCGAGUCCCUCAUUUUCACCCGUCAUUCAUACAGUCCCCAAACCGAUGGACACUCUUCUCCUGACUUACCUACAGCCCAACUUGGGGUUCUACUACCGCUACCACCGUGCUACCCUCCUCAGAGAGGUCAACCCUGUGACGGAUAAGCUGUUUCUUGAUUGGAAAAGCCUCACAAGGAUUUCAACGCAGCUGGGUUUAAAGGGUGUUUGUGAUAACUGGGAGAACCGGACGGAGUGCGCAUUCAAUUUGUUCGAUAUCGCGGCCUCAAUGACGUCGAGUGGCGAAAUCGAUGCCUACCCCCUCUUGAAACAAAAUUAUAAGAAGCUGCAGCGCAUCUACCGAGCGCUACUUGAUUAUGAAUCGUACUUCGACUACAAUAAGGAGCAGCACCGGCGGGAGGGCAGUCGUGGGUACAUAUAUUGGAAGCAGGUUCUAAGGAACAUCGACGAAAAGAUAUCGGGUAACAUCAGCUUCAAGAUGAUACACUACUCUGCGCACGACAUCACUCUCACACCCAUUACGGGGUCACUGCUUGAUCGUAGUGAUUUGGGAAUGCUGCCACCUUUUGGCCAGACCCUUGUGGUGGAGUUGCUGAAAUUGAGGAGCCCCCCUGCGGGGAUCGUGCUCGGUGACGACAAAGCCGCGUCGGUUUCUUCGGACGCUAAGAAUAAGUUGUCCAAGGCGAACUAUUCCGUGCGUGUAUUGCGAGGCAACCCGGCGCAGACGCCCGAAGAGAAUUUUGUUUUCCAUCUUGACUCUAGCUUUCAACUGAGAUGUGCGAACUCCAGUGGUCGCUUGUACAAUGCUACGGACAACAUUUGCCCCCUGGAGGACUUCGAGCGGAUGCUGGAGAAGGGUGCCCCGACCGACCCACGGGGUUCCUGCUUGCUGGAGGAGGAGCUCGUGAAGGUCGUCAACUGCCCUGAGAAGCCGGUGCUUGGGUCUGAGUUGGAAGGGGAUCUCACACGGUCCGUUGCCGUAUCGCCAAUCUGUGCUGCGUACCGUAAACAAUGCCCGGAGGCUGCCUGCAUGGGCGAUGAGGGGGCGAAAGGCAUACUUGACUUAAAGACACUGCUAUGCGUCGAUAACCACGUCACCAAGAUAGUAGACAAUGAACCACUCAAUAAGCCCCUGACGGUGAUUGUGCCUUUGAUCCUUUUUGCAGUCGGUUUGGGGGUGGCGAUCAUCUUGGGAGUCAAGUGUUUGAGUGUAAAGCGACCCAAGAUCAAUGAGGUGGGGGAUCCGUGA